AUGGGUCUGGGUGUUCUUGCUGAUCAUCACCUCUCCGAUGUCCCUGGAACAUCAUUCCUCAAUGAGAAGGGUGUCUCUUCAAGCGUAGAAGACUCUACCGAGAAGAACCAUGCCAGCCUCAAGCACGAUCCGACUGGCAAGAUUGUCCUUGUUCCUCAACCUUCUGACGACCCCAACGACCCUCUCAACUGGCCGAGAUGGAAGAAAGAAAUGUUCACUGUUUCUAUCAUCAUUGGCUGCGGAUGCGUUGGUGCGAUAGGACCUCUUCUUGGUCCGGCAUUGGUACCUCUUGCCGAAGAAUUCGAUGUGCCUCUUCAGACAUUCACUCUAGGCUUCACUGGGGCCCUCCUAAUCGCUUUGGCGUUUGGUAACCUUUUCUGUAACUCGUUGGCAAUGAUGAUUGGCAAGCGGCCGGUUUACCUCAUCACUGCACUGGGCCUGCUGUGCUCAACGAUCUGGACCGCAGUAGCCAAAGACUUCGUCUCGCUCGCCGUCUCUCGUGCUAUUCAGGGUUUUUGCAUGUCUCCAAUGGAGGCUCUGGUUCCUGCAUCGAUUUCUGACAUCUGGUUCGUUCAUCAGAGGGGAUUUCGGAACGCGGUUUUUAAUCUGGGCGUCCUUGGUGGCAUCAACCUUGCUUCGCCUAUCGCUGGCGCUAUCAUUGACAAAUACGGCUACAAAACCUGUCUCUGGGCCAUGGCUGGUGCCUUUGGAGUCCAACUUCUACUUACCUUCUUCUUCAUGCCCGAGACAGCUUACAAGCGCCACGCCGAAACAAGCAUCCCGGUGAACUCUUCUGUGGAGCAACCCUCUCCUGUAGACGAUAAGAAAGAGUGCGUAUCUGAAGUUGAAAAUAGGGCUUCAGUUUGCGAUAAUGCACCUAUUCCGGAGCAACAUUCAUUCAUUUAUGAGCUCCGACCCUGGAGCGGUUAUUACGAUUCCUCUGGAUUCUGGUAUAGCAUCUUUGCGCCUUUCAAGAUGCUUGGUUCGCCCGUGGUUAUUUGGGGAUGCUUCCAGUUGACCAUUUGCAUGAGUUGGCUAGUGCUCCUUGCUUCCACAUUUUCGCAAAUCUUCACCGGGCCCCCAUACAACUUCUCUGUUACCCAAGUAGGGUUGACGAAUCUGUCAUCGUUUGUUGGUACUUUCAUCGCUACGGCGCUGGCUGGUCUGAUGGUAGAUGGAUUAGCCACGUUUAUGGCUAGGAGAAAUGAGGGAAUCUACGAGCCUGAAUUUCGUCUUCCAAUCCUUGCUCUUCUGACUACACUUGGUGGCAGUGGCUUUUUCGGCUAUGGCCAGAGCCUUGCAAACGCUGAGCCUUGGCCAAUCCCUGUCAUCGUCUGCUUGGGUAUGGUCAACCUCGGAGUCCAAUUCGGCAUCGUUGGAGUUGUGUCCUAUGUAGUCGACUCCCAUCGUCGUGAGGCUGUUGAAGCAUACGCAAUGAUGAGUUUCACCAAGAAUGUCUUUGCCUUUGGCAUGAGCUUCUAUAUGAACGACUGGGUUGCGAUCCAAGGUGUGAGGGAUGCCUUCUUCGUAAUUGGCGGUAUGACCAUUGCGAUCAGCUUGGCAACAAUCCCUAUGUACAUCUACGGAAAGAGAGCACGAAGCUUUGCAUUUCGUCAUGGGUUUCUUCUAUGA